CCUUUUCUACGUAUCCUAUUUCUCCCGCGUGAUGCUGAAUUUAAAAAGCCUUAUAUUUUUUCCUUGUUCUUGUUUUUUUUAACACCAUAGAGAGAUUCAUUAUUUUUUAAAAAAGUAGAGGGACAUUACACGAAGAGCUCAGGAUUUACUUAAUUACUUUUCUAUAUUAAUUAAACCCAAUUUCCGAAAAAAACAAAAAAAAAAGCUUAAAAAAAAACUAAAAAAACGGAAGGAAAUGCAAAAGUCGCUCGCUUCCCAAAUUGUCAUUCCUCCGCAAUCACCUUCGGCGAUCCCCAUCGUUGCACCUACGGAAGGUUCAAAUGCUUCAACACCCGAAGCAAAACCUUCGCCCAACAAACCCGUUUCCAAAGGCAGUGCAAAAAGGUUGUGUCGGAACGUUAUCAUUCACGGAUUUUGUAAAUACGAAGGCAAAGGAUGCGAGUUCAACCACGAAUCGAGCAACAAUAGUGCUACUGCUGCUGCUGCUGCUGCCAACAACAACAACAACAACAGCAACAAUAACAAUACUACUACCACCAAUGCCAACGGAACGAAUAACGGCAAGCCUACACCGCAAGGAAGUCCUGAAAAUAAUUCGACAAUACGGAUCCAAUCGCCGCGUUCAAAUUCUGGCAUGGUGUCGUCCGUCUCUGCAGAGAGCGUUAACGCUCCUGUAUUUGUGCCCAAAUCUGUUGUUGUGACGCCAGAAACAGCGACAUCAUCUAAUGAUGACAAUGGCUUAAGCAAUGAUUCACAAUUAGAUAAUUAUCUAGAUGAAGGGGUAGAAUCGCUGGACAAGAAGUUUGGACAGGUUGUAUUGCAUAAGCAUGAGGAGUCUGUCGGAUCACCGCAGCAACCUCAGCAGGAGCAACCUCAGCAGCCACAACCCCAACAAGCGCAACCGCAAUCGCCUGCCGCUUCGCAUAUGAUGACGAUGAUGCAACCCGAUGCAUACUACUACAUGGGAACGCCGAUGUUCACUCGCCAGCCGCUUCAGUACCACCUGUAUACCUCUGGUCUGGUUCCCGUCGCUGAUCCAUUACCGCACCAGCGCGCCAUCCAGUCCUUCUUCAUGCCGGACAAGUUGCGAGAAUCGUUGACUCAACGAAACGAGGCCACUCUUUUGUCUGCUCCGGCACGCGAAUUGGGACUACCGCAAGAAGUACAUGUGUAUCACUCACUGUAUCCAUUAGAAGAACAGAACUCACAAAACAGUCAGUUUUUUGGACAUUCCUCGAGAGUAUACAAAGCAGUGUCAAGUGUGGACGGAUGUACGUAUACGCUUGUGAGGAUUGAAGCGUUCCGGCUCAUAAACGAGCUGGCAAUGGCAUCUGUCGAAUAUUGGCGUAGGAUCCGACAUUGCAACAUUGUGCCUAUUCUCGAGGCGUUUACAACGCAAGCUUUUGGUGACUCAUCGCUCGUUUUUGUGUACGACUACCAUCCGUGUGCAUCAACUUUACAGUCGCUGUACUUCACUCCUCAGGGUCAAGCCAUGAUGCAAGCAGAAUUGCAGGCUGCAGGAAUCAAUUCUGUCUUGAUUCCGGAAACUACUUUGUGGAGCUAUAUUACCCAAAUUGCAUCUGCUAUUAAGACGGCCCAUGGAUCCGGACUGGCAGUGCGUUCCAUUGAACCGUCGAAAAUUUUGAUGACUGGCAAGCAUAGAGUCCGUAUCGGUUGCGUUGCCAUGCUAGACGUUUUGCAGUUCGAGAAAGAGCACAACAUUGCUUUACAACAACAAGCCGACUUGUUGGCCUUUGGCAAAUUGAUCGUGUCACUUGCGUGCAACUCUCCACAAUCGAUCCAUAGCCUUCCUCAAUCGGUCGAACUUAUCUCUCGAUACUAUUCACCUGAUUUGAAGGAUGUUGUGCUUUAUUUGUUGAGCGAACCAAUGGCGACCAAGACCGUAGAUGAAGUAAUACGAAUGAUUGGUCCUAGGAUCCUUCACGAGAUCAAUAGCAGUCAGUCGUAUGCUGAUGGUUUGGAGAGCGAGUUGCGUCGCGAAUUAGAGAAUGGUCGGCUUGUACGACUUUUGUCAAAGAUGGGUUUCAUCAAUGAACGGCCCGAAUUUGACAUGGAUCCAAGCUGGUCCGAGACCGGUGACCGAUAUAUUAUUAAAUUAUUCCGUGAUUAUGUAUUCCAUCAAGUGGACGAAAACGGGCUCCCAGUUGUAAACAUGGUGCAUGUACUAUCGUGCCUUAACAAGCUGGAUGCGGGCGUCGAUGAAAAAAUCGUUUUGAUGUCUAGAGACGAAGAAUCUUGUCUGAUCGUCAGUUACAAGGAAGUCAAGAACUGUAUCCUGUCCGCCUUCAAGGAUUUGACUUCUGGAAGAAAAUAACAAAUAAACCAAAAAAAAAGAGAAAAAUAACAAUAAUAUAUCUUAAAAACCGAAAAAAACACUGCUGCCUCCUCUAUCAUACUUUUGAAUUACUGUCAGAAAAAAGUAUCCGUUACAAGUCUAGUAACGAGUUACUGUGCCGACUGGCUUUCGGGAGAACUGUUUCCGCGGCGAUUAUAUGUUGG